AGGCUGUGUCUGUGUCCUCUCCUCUCCCCUCCCCCCGGAGCCCAGGAUGGGGGGUUCGCUGCCGCUGGUGCUGCUGUACCUCUCCGCCUGUGUUCGCUGCUCCCCCACUGCCCCCAGAGCCGCGGCCCCGCCGGGAGCCCCCAGUCAGGGGGAGGCCACCCUGGGGGAGAUGUUCCGGGAGGUGGAGGAGCUGAUGGAAGACACACAGCUCAAACUGCAGGACGCAGCCCGAGAGAUGGAAUCUGAACAAGAAAGCUUCUCCAGAGAACUCCAUGCCAUCGAUCUGGACAAGUUGCCACCCAAUUACCACAAUCAGUCUGACACUGAGUCCAAGACAGGAAACGCCACUAUCCGGACCCAUCAGGACAUCCACAAGACCACAGAUGAGAAGACAGGAACCAUCAUCAUAUCCGAGCAGAUUAUCACCUCGGUUAAUGGUGAAGUUAGUGACCAUGAAUGUAUUGUGGACGAGGAUUGUGAAAAGGAACACUUCUGCCUGGUCUCCCUGCUGGAAUCCAAGUGCUUAAAGAGUGGAACUCAGGACGAGAGCUGCACUCGGGAUGCGGAGUGUCGCUCCGAGCACCUGUGUGUGUGGGGACACUGCAGGAGGAAUGCCAGCAAAGGAGAGAACGGUACAAUCUGUGAGCAGCAGCUUGACUGCAGUAACAACAUGUGCUGUGCAUUCCAGACAGAUCUCUUGUUUCCGGUGUGUAGUCCUUUGCCCACAGAGCACCAGUUAUGCCACAAUCCCUUACAAAACCUCCUGGACAUCAUCACCUGGGAAUUUGAGCCAGAAGGUGCUUUAGAUCACUGUCCCUGUGCCAAAGGGCUGAUCUGCCAACCUCAACGCCCAGGUUCACUGUCUGUGUGUAAACAGUCCAGUGUUUUUGAUGACCAUACCACCUCCCCUGGGGAUCGGAGGCUGGAAGACCAGACUUUUCUUGACAUGGUAUCGAAGGAGGGGGCCGAGGGGGAGGACAGCUACAGAGAUAUCAUUGAGGACUUUGAAGAGGCCGUCGCGAGGGGAGUGGAGGAAGACCUUUUCUACAAGAUCUCAGAUGAACCUGAAGAAGACAGAACCGAGUCACUGACAGAGAGGGAGUUAAUGGUGGAGCCGAGAAGAAGAGGAUUGAAGUGAAAUGGUUGCUCUGCACUUAAACACAGGUUUUUAACAACAACAUUGUUAACAUCCACCAUGAAGAUAACCUGUGCUUGAGGUUAAAUAGUUUUUAUGAUUACUAAGGAUGACGAGCAGCAAUUCUUGCUUUCACACAAUUCUGAACUUUGGAAUUAUCGAUUGUCUGAUAAAUUGUUAGUUCUAUUUGCCAUUUCUUGCUCCGCCUUUUUUCCUGGAAACUUGCUGUCCAACAGGUUUGUCCCACCCAACACUGUGGCUGAAGAAUCUACACUGAGCGGAGAGAGUUCCUUCCACUUUAUGUGAUGUGAACACCGGGCAAUGUGCUUGGCUGUGCUGUGAGGGCAGUGGCAUAGAGACGGAUGGAUGGAGGAUGGAUGGGGGGGAUGGGUGUCUUGUUCCGCACAGUUUCCACUUUUAACGCAACAGAGAUUUAACACCAAUCAAAGGGCUUUGUUUUCAAUGUGUAUCGCGAUGAUUGCGAUGUUCCGUGAGCACAGGCUUGAGCACACUGCAGGAUGGUCACAAGGUUAUGACAAAAACUGUAGUUUCCUGAUAAAAAAUGUUGGCCUUGAUUUUUUGCAUUAAUCAAUAAAAAAUUUAAAAGCUUGCAAAUCA